AUGGAUCGGUUUUCAGCAACUCCUAUUUUGAUAAUACAUACUUCAGAUAAGCUUGUCGACUUCAUCAAUGAAAACCACCCUGCGCUCUAUGGGUCAGUGACUUACAAUCGCCGGCUUUUCAAGACCGUGAAUCAGGACGUCGAAGUAGCUCGGCUAGAUAAUUUAUAUACUCUCACGAACAAUGGGCUUUUCGCGGCCAUUGAUUCGGUGGUCCGGUAUAUGGGGCUCAUUAGUGCCGGGGUGAUUUGGCAUGUCCACGUCCAACAGCCGCAGAUGUUACAAAGAGACCCUCAAGUGCGGCAGCUCAUUGAAGUUAAAAAGUUCAUCGAGACAGUAUUUCCGAAAUACUUUGGCAGUAGUUUGAUCAAUUUCAAUAGCAUCACCGCCAAUGAAGUGGCGGCACGAUUGCCGAGCAUGUGUAAUAUUUGUAAAAACAUUUGUGCGGUGCUCGAUGAAACCUUGGUGAGCAUGUUAUCGAGGUACAAACUAGCUGGGAUCUUCAAAGAUUUGUCGUUGUUAUUGCGGGACGCCCAUUGGAAAAUGAAAGAUAAUCAAUUUUUCGUGAGGAUUGACGACGACAUUAUCAGGCUCUUGGAUAUAUUUUCGUUUUAUUCGCAAAUGGAUAAGAUUUUCUGUAUUUAUAUCAAUGAAGUUGUUUGUCAAUUUUUAGAGAACUUCCGCGAUGGGCUGCCAGUGGUCGAUGAGGCGGUGGAAGGCAUGCAGUGUUUUUUGUUGCUUUAUCAGUUGGAUGAUCUGACGCUCCUCAAAAACAAGGAUAUAUUGGGUUAUAGCAUCGAUCAUUGCCGAAUCGCGGCGUCGAUUGUAAUAAUGUGCGAGAGUAUAACGAAUUUGACCACGUUGAUUUGGGUGUCGUUGUUCGAUGACCUUAGACCGUUUUUCAAAAAUACAUUGGGUGGGAAAGAGUUGCAAGAGAUUGAGGAUUCAUUUCUUAAAUCACAAACCGAUUUUGUGAAUUUUAGAGCGGCGUUCCAAAACCACCAGGCGAAAUUUGUCAAAGAAAUUUCUGGGAAAAUGAAAAAACAUUAUGGUAAAUUCAUUUCCAGCGUCAAAGAUUAUGAGACCAUCACCAAGAAAAUCCAGAAUUUGAUUGACCGUACUGAAAAGUUUGGCGAUAAAAUCCCGAGAACUAACGAUCUUGACUUUGUCAAGGUACUGGACUGUCUCCAUAGAAUAGGUAUAUUAUUGCAAGCCAUGGUGAAAGAAGAAAAGUUAAGCCAAGACACGUAUAGAUCGUUGUAUUUGAUUACGCAUAAUUUACAUUUUUUGGUACAAGGGAUCAUGGGGAAUGAUUUGUUGUUUUGGCAAUAG